UGCCAUUGAGAAUAACGGUGAAAAAACUCAUUGUCCUGAACAGACUUAGCGAAGCGUGCACAGCAACGGGCUACCCCAAACCAAUGCUCAAUGUAAGCGUGGACGGAGUAGCUGCUAAUUGCGACACCGUGUACAAACUGCACAAAGGAGUGUGGACGAGCAUAUGCAGGAUAAACCUUCGACUUGCCAACGCCACGGGACGUUAUCUCCAGAUACGGUGCACUGCCAAUUUUCCACGCUUUGACUGUUCACCAGGUCAAACACAAAGUGUACAGGACGCCUGUAAUGCAGCAAGCGGUUACGCCGAAGUAUCGACUCCAGCUUCAAUCUGUACUCAAUGCAAGCAAGUCAUUCUGCUCCAGUCAACGCCUGCAUCUGGAAUCAGUGCACAUGCCAGUUAUUGGGUUGCAUUUUCGGUGUUCGCCUAUACCGACGUUACAAGAACUGUGGUCAAGCUCCUAAAUGAGUUCAACACCAACACGCGCAACUGUGCAAGCAAUUUUACCAGGAUAGGGGUCAAUGGAUUGCAGGUGAGGCUGCAGAGCAGUCCUGGUUUGGUCGAAUAUUUCUUCCCCGGGCCAAUUGUGCAAGGUGAAGUUCGUAAUCUGGCAAAUGCUGAGAUCAACAUAACCCUUCUGAAUCAGGGAACACUUGGUGAUUUGCGCUUGAUAGUUUUUUACGGUACCAAUGGUGUACAAAAAGUACGUCUAUUUCGUCCACCAGGCCAGGCGACGGAUAUGUUCUUCACACAUCCUCUGGAGCAGACAGUGUGUACUGGCUGUUUUCCGGACCAAGCUGCUUCAGUUAUACCUGCCCCCGUGCCUAUCCCUGAUCCAAUACCCAUCAUUGAUCCAUAUGAUUUUGGUCUUCUUUCCCGAAGCGUAGACGCACUUUGCCAAGGCGAUUAGUUUGCACUGCUACUUCGAAGUACUUUUACUGCAUCAACUAGUACAUUGCUUUGCACUGAACACUCUGAUUUUUCAAUCGCAGCGAACAGUGAGCACUUAGUGAUUCUUUACAAUUAGUAUGAUACUUGUAUAAUUAUACCUCAAUCCAUAUUCACCCACAUACAAUUGGCCAUCUACAUAAGUGGUGAAUAUAUAGUGUAUAUGGAAAUUUAUAAACUUCA